AUGUCUUUUUAUCAACCUUUAGCUAGCAAGUCAAACACUGCAGCAGUCACUGUACCUCAUGACAUUUUUAAUGACGUGGAAAAUUUAGUCAAAGGAAAUUUUCAUUACCACCGCUUGGUAUGGGAUCCAACAAGUCGUACAGUCUCUGUGUUCAAUGUGUCUGGCACUUCUCUUCUGCAUGUCAUCUUAAUUCGAAAGAACGUUGGAAAUUGUCAAAUGUUUUUCUUGCUGUUGAAGGGAAUUUCACAGCCUAUGUCUAUGAUAGCAUGUGUUUGGGAAUUGUCUGCAGCUACAGGUCUUGAACAAAAAUGCAAUUGGGUCAAUAAUUCUGAUGCACUUAACAUUAACCACGGGAAUAUCUACGGUAUGCAGGGCGACUGUGGACCAUGGUAUAUGACAAUCUACACACCAGGAAUGUCAAACAGUACAGAACUUUCCGUAGAAGUGUCAGAGUCCUACGAUCCUCAUACGAUUGCAUUCAGAUGGUUUCGAGUGAUUACGAAUCUUGCCUUCUUACCUGCUGUUUUUCUCGCUUUGAAACGACGUUUUUAUGCAGAAGCAAUAAUUUACUUUCUCAACUUUAUAUUAUCUGGUGUAAGUAUAAUGUUUAUUGUAUGCACAUUGAACAGUUCACAACAUAUAUAUAGCGGUGCAAAUAGGAGGCCUGGCCUCCAAUGAAGUGCAUAGAAUUUCAGGGACUCUGCAUUCCAAAAUUUAAUCAUUGACAAUUAUUUUUUAUUAUUUACCAGAUGUAUCACUUGUGUGAAGCAGAGUUGCAUUGUUUGAAAGGAUAUUCACGUCUUCACUACAGUGACAUGUACGUUUCUGACCUCUCAGUCAUUGCCACAAUCUGGGCUAUGACAAGAAUGGCGCCACCAAAAAAAACAUCUUCUAUUACUGGCUAUUGCAAUUUUACUGCAUGCAGUUUGCUGUCAUCGAAACUGUAAACAGCAGCUAUCAUUUCUAUAUCAAUCUUGUUUUCGCCGGACCAGCUUUGCUGUAUAUUUACUUUCAAUAUGUAAGUAUAGAUACUAGCAGUAUUCUCAGUAUGAAACUGAUUUUAUUUAGGCUGCAUAACUCUAUCAGUUAUAAACUGCCCUCUCUAGAGGACAUCCUUUGCAGGAGGAAACUGGAGUAUGAUUGGUAUAGAAAGCACUUGAGAAGCACUCUUAUUAUAAUUUAGCCGACUGAAGCGAAAUUACAAUCAGUCCCAGACUACCAGCAAAACAAGUAUCGUGUAAACAGGCCUUAACUUUAAAUUAAGCAAGUCAUCUUUUUACCAAUGCACUCUUUAAGACUCAGCUGCAUUUUCGUACGUCUUGUUUGCGUUGCAGUCAUGUUGCCGGCGGCGCCUUGAAUCUUUCCUAUUAUUUACAGGCAGUUUUUGUAUUAAAAUACUGUUUAGCAGUUCUUCUAUCAACGUGACAUAAAAUGACUUAUUCUACUCUGCCCAACGCUCGAUGAUUUGCCAUGUUAUUGGAUUACGGGUUUUCUCACCGAUAAUCGGCGCUAUUGAAGGGCGGGAGGGCAAAAAAACCCUGGCCUCAGUGACACGUAUACUUCCCAAGUCAAAUUCCUCACUGAUAAGUCCAGACAUUGAAGCCGGACGAAACGUAUGUAGUGACGUUGGCAUGUUGAUGGUCGCUAUAUAUGCUAUAUAUACAAUCAAAACACUCACUGUACUAAAAAGCUUGUGUUGAGGCAUGUUAAAAUAACGAGAGAGAAGGAAGAAUUCACAUAUCUCCCUAUACGUAUAUAUGAUCAUGUUAAUACCAUGUAUUUUACGAUUUCGAUAACUUUAUAGGGGACUUUUGUUGCAUUUAAAAAAAGUUAUGAUGACAUCAAUGUUCUCAUUACCUAUAUCUGAACAUAAAAACUAAAAAAGCUUGAUAUAAUAUAUUGGAAUAAUUAUGCUAUAAUGAGUGUUUUGGGUAUAUAAGGCCAUGCAAGAGGUGUGAUACAUGGUAAAAUGCUCAUCAGUUAUACUGAGGUGUUAAAUAGGUACAAUGUUUCUCGUAUAAGCGCGGUCUAGGAUCUUGUUUGCUCUUAACAUUGCUAUCUAUAUAUUGAUAUCAAUUUUUUAUAACAUGCAGGUGUACCUAACUGUGAAAUACGGAAAGAUCUAUCCUAGUUUAAGAAGGUGAGUAUUUAAAACAAACUUUAUGUCACAUCAUUAUAUGUCAUGCAUGACCACCAUGCACCAUAGGCAAUAAUGGGUCGGUUCACUUACUGCAUGGGCUCUCCAGCCGUAAGUGGACAAUUUCGUCUUAAAAAAAAGAUCUCUAUGGAAUACUUUUUAUUGUCGUGCACUCGCGCUGCAUGGUUAAACAAGUUAUAAAUAUAACUCUAUUCUCUAAUUAUUGGCGAUGGUUAGCAAAACAGAAAAUUCGGACCACGGCUUUUCAUGAAAAAAUCACUCCUCGUUUAUUACCUCUAUACUCUAAAAAUGAUUGAUAUCUCGCUAGUGCUGUUUAUGGGUUAGGAAUAGGCUAUAAUUAUAACAAGACAUGAAUCGUGUCUAGCUAUAUAACUCUCAUUAUAAGGUGAAAUAACUAAUACGCCAUGGUAUAGAAACAGACUAUAAUAUACGGCUUGUUGAACUUGGCAUAAUUCGUUUAAUGCUUGAAUUGGUUGAUGUACCAGCUAACGUUUUCAUUUUUCAACAAUUAUCAAACGAACAGCCUGCAUCUACCCCAAAAUGCAAUAAAUGUUUUAAAAUAUUUCCCUGAACAUUUAAUUUAGAUGGAUAUUUAACCUUCUCCCUGGUUAUUCAUUAGCCACAACAGGAGCUGUAGUCAACUUGGUUGUUUCAGAACCUGAGAAUUAUUAUUAUGUUCAUUGCAUCUGGCACGUGACCAUCAUGCUCUCGGUUGCUUUCCUGUUACCCGUCCCCACGGAAGAAGAUACAGAUGAAAGGUGGUGGAUGGAUAAGAAAGACUCUUACAAUCCGCUAGUAUGA